AUGACUCGACCUACUGGAUCCAAAGCGUUUCCUGAAGCAAACGCAUUGGAUGUAAAGAAACCGGUGAAAGAAAACAAUUCUUUCCGAGGUCGUGGAGAAAAAGAGCACCAAGGAAACACCUCCCAGAAGCGAGAGACUGUUUGUUACAGAUGCGGUACAAAAGGACAUUGGUCCCGGAAUUGCCGUACUCCUAGGCACCUUUGUACAUUGUACAAAGAUUCCGCCAAAGGCAAAGGAAAAGAAGUAAACCUUGCAGAGCACUCAGAGGGAACAACCCACCUCGAUGCUUCUGACUUUGCAGAUGAUUUCGAUGACACCGUCCCAUCUGAAGUCUGA